AGCUGCUCUCAGGCUGGACCCUGCUGGGCAGGGCAUUCCCUCUGGCAGUGAUAUUCUCCCUUUGACUUUGGCUGUUGAUUUCUAUGCUCCUGUCAAAGCCAUUGAACAGCAGCAUUUCCCUGCACCCAGUUUCUCUCAUUCCAUUGUGAUUUUAAAGGACUGGGAUGGCAUCCCCCAGCUCUGGCUUCUGGUCUUUUGGAGCACAAGAUGGGAAUAAAGAACAAGAUAACCCAGGGCCAGCUAAAGCCUGGUGCCAAGUAGCCCAAAAAUUUACAGGAGGCAUUAGCUCAAAAUUAACCGCUUUCCUUUAUGGAGAAGGUGAAAAAUCAUCAGAGCCUGGAACUAAAGAUGAUAUGGGUUCGGAAAAUAAAGAAAUGGCUUCUAAUUAUGAUAAAAGUGAAUGUGGCUGCCAAAAGAGAGAAUUGGACUUCUCUUUAUUGUACUCAACAGAUCUUCUACCAGCAAAAAAUGGAGAAGCGGAUACCCUGCGUUUCCUACAAGAGGUUAUGGACAUUUUGCUUCAAUAUAUAGUGAAAACUUUUGACAGGUCCACAAAAGUGAUUGAUUUUCAUUAUCCAAGUGAGCUUCUUCAGGAGUACAACUGGGAGCUGUCUGAACAUCCAGAGACCUUGGAUGAAAUCCUGCUUAACUGCAAGACAACUUUAAAAUAUGCUAUCAAAACAGGUCAUCCUAGAUAUUUCAAUCAGUUGUCCACCGGGCUUGAUAUGGUUGGGCUCGCUGCAGACUGGUUGACCUCAACUGCCAAUACCAAUAUGUUUACAUAUGAAAUUGCCCCUGUAUUUGUGCUUUUGGAAUAUGUCACCCUAAAGAAAAUGAGAGAAAUGAUUGGGUGGCCCGGGGGAAGCGGAGAUGGAAUUUUCUCUCCAGGUGGUGCCAUAUCUAACUUGUAUGCUAUGUUGAUUGCACGUUUCAAGAUGUUCCCAGAGGUUAAAGAGAAAGGAAUGGCAGCAAUCCCCAGACUGGUUGCCUUCACGUCAGAACAUAGCCACUUUUCUGUAAAGAAAGGAGCAGCAGCCCUGGGGAUUGGCACUGACAGUGUAAUUCUUAUCAAAUGUGAUGAAAGGGGAAAAAUGAUACCAUCAGAUCUUGAAAGAAGAAUUAUAGAAGCCAAGCAAAAGGGCUUUGUUCCAUUCUUCGUUAGUGCUACAGCAGGAACGACUGUUUAUGGCGCCUUUGAUCCAUUGAUAGCUAUUGCAGACGUCUGCAAAAAGUAUAAGAUCUGGAUGCAUGUAGAUGGAGCUUGGGGUGGCGGACUGCUGAUGUCUAGGAAACACAAAUGGAAGUUAAAUGGCGUUGAAAGGGCCAAUUCGGUGACAUGGAAUCCACAUAAAAUGAUGGGCGUUCCUCUCCAGUGCUCUGCGCUGCUGGUUAGAGAGGAGGGAUUAAUGCAGAACUGCAAUCAAAUGCAUGCGUCGUACCUCUUCCAGCAAGACAAACACUAUGACUUGUCCUAUGAUACAGGAGAUAAAGCUUUGCAAUGCGGACGCCAUGUUGACAUUUUCAAGUUAUGGCUGAUGUGGAGAGCGAAGGGAACAACAGGAUUUGAAGCUCAGAUCGAUAAGUGUUUGGAACUUGCGGAGUAUCUUUACAACAAGAUAAAGAACAGAGAAGGUUAUGAAAUGGUCAUUGAUGGAAAGCCCCAGCAUACAAAUGUUUGCUUCUGGUACGUACCACCAAGCCUAAGAAAUAUGGAAAACAAUGAAGAAAGAAUGAGUCGACUAUCAAAGGUUGCUCCUGUGAUCAAAGCUAGAAUGAUGGAAUAUGGAACCACCAUGGUCAGCUACCAGCCACAUAGUGACAAAGUUAACUUCUUUCGCAUGGUGAUCUCAAAUCCAGCCGCGUCCCAUCAGGAUAUUGAUUUUCUAAUCGAAGAAAUUGAACGUCUUGGACAAGACUUAUAAAGGGACCCCUAAGGCCGUUCCAAGUCUUUAGGUAUACGACAGAGUUGUUCCAAAUGUGUGAAUGUAUUUGUAGUUCCAAAGUAGUUGUAUAUAUAUUGUGCCGUUAAACUUGACAAUAGCUUUUUUUGUUUUAGAAACAUUGCUGCUUUACAGUCUCACACUUAGAUUUUUAUGUUCUUGGUCCUAUGUGCAAUAUGUUAUUUAAACGUCUAGGAAAUUAAAACUUAUAUGUAACGUAUCUCAAGUAUAAAGCAACAUGAAUGCUACAUAACACGAAUGUGCCAAAUGUUCUAAAACACUAUGCUUCAAAGUACGUUCCAUGGGGCAACUUUAAAGGAGAUGAGGCAUUCUUUAAAGUCAAAUACAUUGCCUGUUAGACCGUUCAAAAUGGGAAAUUCUAAUUUAAAUUUGAUACACUUAAAGACCUAUGAUUUUACGAAAGAAAAUAUAUAUAGAUAUAUAUAGAUAUUACAAAUAUCCUAUUUUGUAAAACAGAUUUUAUUUUGUAUGUGUUAUAGGUAUUUCUAAUGGUAUCACUGAUAACCAAGAGGUUUGUAACCUUAGAGGGAUACUUGAAUUAUAUCCUAACAUGCGCAAUCCUACAUAGUCUUAAAAUAAAACACUGUAUAUUUUGGGUCCCCCAACAUAAAAAAAGGGGUUUUCUUGAUGCUUACCCCAUAACCCGUAAAAUGCGCAAUCAGUAUGCUUGGGUUUUGUUACAUCGGUGUUUAUUUCAUGUUAACUGGUCCCCGCUUUGACAUGAACCCGAUGUCUUAAAACAUACUGAAUAAUAAGAACCUUGGGUCCGAAGUAGCAAAAGGUAAAA